AUGUCAGUUUCUGAAGAUCCCAGGUACACUCAUCCUCAAAAAUAUGUUGGUUUUGAUACCAUUACUGCACAAAUUGAAAACCGAUUAUUGAAACGAGGAUUUCAAUUCAACAUUAUGGUUGUUGGUCGUUCAGGUUUGGGUAAAAGUACACUAGUCAAUACAUUAUUUGCCUCCAAAUUAACCAGCUCCAAUGGUCGUAAAUUACCAGUUGAUCCCAUUGAGAAAACCACUGAGAUUAAAGUAUCACAUCAUACAUUGAUUGAAAAUAAUGUUCGUUUAAAUAUAAAUGUUAUUGAUACACCAGGGUUUGGUGACCAAAUUAAUAAUGAGAAAUGCUGGGACCCAUUAGUCAAGUAUGUCAAAGAACAACAUUCACAAUAUUUAAGAAAAGAAUUGACAGCACAAAGAGACAAGUUUUUACCUGAUACUAGAGUUCAUUGUAUCUUGUAUUUUAUUCAACCAAAUGGUCAAAAAUUGAAAAACUUGGAUAUUCAAGCAUUGAAGAAAUUAUGCGACAUUGCCAACGUUGUACCAGUGAUUGCUAAAUCCGACUCAUUGACCUUGGAAGAACGAGCUGAAUUCAAAAAAUUACUUCAACUGGAAUUCCUCAAGUACCAAUUCAAUAUUUACCCCUAUGAUUCUGAAGAAUUGUAUGAUGAAGAACGUCAAUUGAAUGAAGAUAUCAAAUCUUUGAUUCCAUUUGCCAUUGCUGGAUCUGAACGUGAAAUUCAAAUUAAUGGAGAAUUGGUUCGUGGAAGACAAACCAAGUGGGGAGCUAUAAAUAUUGAAGAUGUAAGUCAAUGUGAUUUUGUAUUUUUGAGAGAUUUUUUGACAAGAACUCAUUUACAAGAUUUGAUUGAAACGACAAAUUUGACUCAUUAUGAAACUUUUAGAUCUAAACAAUUGAUCGCGUUGAAAGAAAAUGCUAAUAAUCCAAACAGGCAAUCUCAAGUGCAAACUAGUCAACAAAGUGUACACUAG